AUGUCGAAGGAAGAAAUGGCUUUCGUAAACCUACCACUCCAACCACCUCGAUCAAGACGACUUUCGCCUAUAUUGCUACUUCCAGUGUUGUUUUUGAUCCUGGUCACUUCUAAUCUCGGACUCGGAUAUGGAUGGCCCAGUGCCAGCCUUUUAUUUCACAACACCUGGCAGCAACCCAAGGCCGGCAGCGUCAAAUGGCUUCCUGCUUCCUCGUGUAAUGCUGGGACGAAAUGUGGCUCAGUCAUCGUACCGAAAGAUUACUUUGACGAGUCGGCGGGGACUGCUUCCAUAGCAAUAUCUGUGUUGAAGGCAACUAAGCUCCCGAAGAAGGGUACCGUCUUCCUGAACCCUGGUGGCCCGGGAGGAUCUGGUACGCGUCUAGCUGCUCCACAAUUCGCAGACAUCAUCGGCCAUGAUUGGGAUUUACUGGGCUUCGACCCGCGCGGAAUAAACAUGACUUCCCCGCGCGUAGCUUGCUUCGACUCGCAGCCUGACUUCGGCUUGUUCAACGCAAACAGCGUCCUGGAAAAGGGCUUUACCAUUUCUACCUCCAAUCUUUCGGACCCGGUAGCUAAAGCAAGUGUCGAGGGCGAGCUUAUCGCACAAGCAAGAGAAUUUCUCGCACUCAAAAAAGCCCAGGCGCAGGUUUGCGCUGAGACGAUGGGCGACGAGUUGAAGUAUAUGGGCACGGCAAAUGUCGUCCGCGAUAUGGAUUUCAUGACUCAAAUAUUCGACGGCAAGGGAGCAAAGAUAAAUUAUUGGGGUGCGUCAUAUGGGUCCAUUCUCGGCGCAUAUCUCGUCAAUAUGCUCCCUCAUCGAGUUGGCUAUGUCGUUAUCGACGGGAUCGCGGAUCCCGUUAACUGGUCGACGGAGCCCUCGCACAAAUGGCCUAUCAACUGGCUCGCAUCAACCGAGAAGACAUACAGAUUCUAUCUCGAGACAUGCUCCAAAGCUGGCCCCGCGCGUUGUCCCAUUGUCAAAUAUCAAAAUGAGCCUUACACCGACAUAAUGGCCCGUAUCGAGUCGUUCUUUGAUGAUUUGGCUGUGACACCACUUCCUGUUACUGGAUCCGGAGCUCUGCGACCAGGGAUAUUAACCUCUGGAUCUGCUCGAGCUCUGUUGCUCAUGUACCUGGAACGCCCACCCCUUUGGGCAGAAUCUGUCUUGGCCUACGCUGAGGCAAUGCGCGGAAACGGGACCAUAUUAUAUAAUAAAUUGACAAGUCUGCUUUCCUCCAGAGCGGCAAGCAACACGCAUUACGAUCUUGUCCGAUUGGGAGUCACGUGUAUGGACUCGCCGCCGCCGCUUCAAGACGCGCUCGGUCUGCCUGAGCCUACGGCAGAAGAUUUGGCAGCGGAGUUCAUCCGCACAAUGGAUCUGGUUUCUCCCCAUUUCGGGCCGAGUGUCUCUGUUGGCGAGCAAGAUGGCGGCUGUCAGUACUGGCCCACAGCUGGACGGGGCCCCGAGCGCUUUACUGGUCCGUGGAAUGCCAGUUUUGACGAUGGAAUUGAGAUUCCGAUGCUGAUCGUGAGCAACACGAUGGAUCCCAUCACGCCGAUUGAGAGUGGUCUGCGGAUCAACUCACUGAUGCCAGAGUCAUCAAGAAUCAUUAUUCAGGAUGGCCCUGGACAUUGUUCACUCGCAAUUACUACUCUUUGCACUGCAAAGCUUGUGCGUGACUACUACGCCGGGAAGUUGCCAGAGAACGGUACUAUUUGUGCCACGGACUACGAUUUCUUUCCUCCAAAGAACGAGACAGAGGUUAUAUCCAUGUUAAGCACGGAGGAUGCGCGAUUACUGGAAAGUACAAAGGUCAUUGGAAGCUUGAUAGAGGACAUACGACAAAGAUAA